AUGAAAUACGCUCCAUUCAGAAGCGAUUAUGCCUGUGCCCUCGAUCCCUGCUCCCUACUCCCUACGCCCUGUUCGCUUCUCCGUGCUCACUGCUCCCUGUGCCCUCGAUCCCUGCUCCCUACUCCCUACGCCCUGUUCGCUUCUCCGUGCUCACUGCUCCCUAUGCCCUUGAUCCCUACUCACUACGCCCUAUUCGCUUCUCCGUGCUCCCUACUCCCUAUGCCCUCGAUCCCUGCACCCUACUUACUCGCUGCCCUCUACUACCUGCUCCCUACUCUCUACUCAGUGCUUCCUACUCCCUGUGCCCUACUCCCUAUUUUCUACUCGCUGCUGUCUACUCCUCGCUCCCCACUCCCCUUACCCUACUUCCUGUUCCCUACUUGCUCCCUGCUCCCUACUCCCCGCUCCCUACUCCCUAGUCCCCAUGUCCUACUUCCUAUUCUCUGCUCCCCGCUCCUUACUCAUUACUCCCUGCUGUCUACUCCUUGCUCCCCACUCCCUGCUCCCUACUUACUCCCUACUCCCUGCUCCCUACCCCCUCCUCCUUACACCUUGCUCCCUAACCCCCCACACCCUAGUCCCUGCUCCCUACUCCCUAUACCCUAUUCCCUGCUCCCCCCUCCCUACUCCCUGCUCCCUACUUACUCCCUGCUUCCUACUCUCUACUUCCUGCUCCCUACUCCCCGCUCCCCACCCCCUCCUCCUUACACCUUGCUCCCUAACCCCCCCCAUGCCCUUGUCCCUUCUCCCUGCUCCCUACUUCCUGCUCCCUAUGUCCUACUUCCUGCUCCCCGCUCCCUACUUACUCCCUGGUCUCUACUCCCUGCUCCCUACUCUCUACUUCCUGUUCUCUACUCCCUGGUCCCUGCUCCUUAG